ACAAAUUCCUAAUUGCUCAAAGUUCUGAUCCCUUUCUUUUAACAACAUCCAACCCCUUUCAUCUCCAAAACAUAUAUAAACCCUCCCACAAUCAGUUCCAUGCAGAAUUAAUGCAUGAGCGCCAAUAUCUUCUCUACUACUAUCAUGGAACAUUUUAAUCUUCGCAACAUCUUCUUCUUAUGGAUUUUGUUCGUAACACUCGAAAAAUGCUUAAUCGCGGAGGGUCUUGGAGUGAACUGGGGAUUGCAAGCGACUCAUCCGCUUCCACCAGACAUCGUAGUGAAGCUGUUAAAAGAGAACGGAUUCAACAAAGUGAAGCUGUUCGAAGCUGAUCCAGGAGCGCUAAAGGCACUGGGCAGAUCAGGUGUUCAGGUUAUGGUUGGAAUACCUAAUGAUAUGUUGGCAACAUUGUCAGGCAGUGUUCGUGCUGCCGAACAAUGGGUGCAAAAGAAUGUUUCCUCCUUUAUUUCCAAAAAUGGCGUCGACAUCAGGUAUGUUGCGGUGGGAAAUGAGCCUUUUCUGAAAGCCUACAAAGACAUGUUCCUUAACACAACACUUCCGGCCGUCGAAAAUGUGCAAGCAGCUCUUAUCAAAGCAGGCCUAGCUCGACAAGUCAAGGUUACUGUUCCAAUUAAUGCCGAUGUGUACCAAACAGGCUCUGGAGUUCCCUCAGGUGGCGAUUUCAGAACAGAUAUUCAUGAUCUCAUGAUGAAGAUCGUCAAGUUCCUAAGUGACAAUGGAGGUCCUCUCACCAUUAACAUCUACCCGUUCCUUAGCCUCGACGCGGAUCCCGGUUUCCCAAUUGACUUCGCAUUCUUCUCGGGAACUUCAGCCCCUGUUGUCGAUGGUUCGAUCUCGUACACCAAUGUCUUCGACGCUAAUUAUGACACCCUCGUUUGGGCUCUCGAGAAAAAUGGAUUCGGGUCAUUGCCCAUAAUUGUAGGAGAAAUCGGCUGGCCCACUGACGGUGAUUCCAAUGCCAACAUUGAGUAUGCUAGGAAAUUCAAUCAAGGUCUACUAGACCGAAUUACUCGUGGCAUAGGUACCCCGAAACGUCCCACACCACCGGACAUUUACCUUUUCGGGCUCAUUGAUGAAGACGCCAAGAGCAUCUUACCGGGGAAUUUCGAACGACAUUGGGGCAUCUUUUACUAUGAUGGAGCCAUUAAGUACAAACUUAAUCUAGGUAACAAACGAAGCGUGACAGCAGCAAAAGGUGUUCGAUAUUUGGCUAGGAAAUGGUGUGUGAUGGCGCCUGAUGCUAAUGUUAAGGACCCCAAUUUGGCAGACAGUAUAAACUAUGCUUGUAGCUAUGCAGAUUGCACUAGCCUUGGAUAUGGUUCAUCCUGUGGUGGACUUGAUGCUAAGAGCAAUGCUUCAUAUGCCUUUAAUAUGUACUAUCAAACUAUGAAUCAACAGAAAGGGUCGUGUGAAAGGUUUCACAAUUUGUCAGUCAUAACAACAAUUGAUCCAACUCCUCCGCCUUCUAAGUCAGGCAACAGUUCUCACUGUCGAUUUGAGGUCAUGAUUGAUGUGGGAAAGCACGAGUCGAGGGUAAAUCCAGGAACAUCUUCAGCUACAAAGAUCAAACAUUUUUCUCUUGCUUUAUUGGUUCUAGUAUUCAUAUUGGACUAUACGAUGUCUCUGUCUUAACUUGUGGGGUACUCAUUUGAGAGUUCAUGUACAUAAUACCUAUUGUUCCCUUCUACGCAAUAAUAUACUGAGUUUACGUGAUUGC